GUAGAUUAUUACGAAAAAGAAUCAUACAUAUAAAAACCAGACAAUAUAAGUGAUGUGUGUUGUGAUUGUUGCUAAUGCAAUGAUCAUUGUGAGCAUCUGCAUAUUAUUGAUCAAUAAUGUAGUUGCAUCUAAUGUUUCAGAUUCGAACAGAGAAAAGAAGGCGUUGAUGGAUUUCAAGUGGCCUUAUAUCAACUCCACAGCUCAUCACUGCCACUGGGAAGGCAUUACCUGUGACGAUCAUGGCCGCGUUGCACAGAUAAACCUGCAAACUGAUGUAGGAUGCGAUGAUGAAUCUUGGAAAUGUCACGAUGUUGGCUAUUUGGAUCCGCUAGUUUUCACAUCUCUCACUCGCAUUCAUCUAACCUCACGUGGACUCUAUGGAGUUAUCCCAACACACAUAGGUUACCUCUCCAACCUAUCUUAUCUCAAUUUCUCGAAUAAUUAUCUCGAAAGUGAGCUGCCUCUUUCAUUGAAAAAUCUGAGUGAGUUACAGGUGCUUGACAUUUCUCUUAACCCUAACAUUCAUGGUGUCAUUCCACCUGACAUAGGAAGCUUAUCCAAAAUUACUCAUCUCUAUUUGUCAUACAAUCGACUCCGAAGUGAUCUGCCUCUUUCACUGGCAAAUCUCACUAACUUAGAGGUUCUUGACAUUUCUCGUGACCGUGGCAUUCAUGGUGUCAUUCCACAUAACAUAGGAAGUUUAUCCAAACUAACUCAUCUCGACUUGUCAUACAAUUCACUUUGGAGUGAGCUGCCUCUUUCACUAUCAAAUCUCACUAACUUAGAGGUGCUUCUCAUUUCUUCUAAUAGCAUUUCCGGUUCCAUUCCUUCUGGAAUAGGGUACCUCCUCCAUUUGAUAGCUCUUGAUUUGAACUUCAAUGACAUCAAUGGCUCUCUGCCUGCAGCUAUGAGCCAAUUAACAAGAUUGGAAAUCUUGAAUUUGGAUGGCAAUAGAUUGGAAGGUGCUUUCGAAGCAGGAAUACACAUGCUUCCUUCUAUCAAAAUGAUAAAUCUAAGUAGGAACUCAAACAAAGAACAGAUACCUCCACAGUUUGGAUAUGUUGCUAAUGCACAAUUUCUCAAUAUCGAUCUCUCUUGGAACUUAAUAUAUGGUGAAGUCCCUGAAUCUAUUUCAUGUUUAAAUGGAAUCAAUUUGUCCUACAAUGAUUUAGUGGGCUCAAUUCCACCCAACGUAGGGCGUAAGUUUCCAGUAGAAUCAUUCAUUGGCAAUCCCAAAUCACAACCUCCUGAUUCAGAGGGAUCCAAGAUUAACAUGAAAAUUUUUUAUUAUGUAAUCUUCGUUUUUUCUAUUUUUUGUGGAAUCUAUUUCAUAUUCUCCAAUAGAAGGGAAAAGAAUGUAGCAUCAGUUACACCUGAUCCCAAACAUGGAGACAUAUUCAAGAUUUGGAACUUCGAUGGCAACAUCACAUAUCAAGACAUCAUUGAAGCAACACAAGACUUUAACUUGAGAUACUGCAUUGGAACUGGAGCAUAUGGAAGCGUCUACAGAGCUCUACUGCCCUCUGGAAGAGUUGUUGCCGUGAAAAAGCUUCACAGAUUUGAAGGAGAUAAUCCUACCUUUGACUCCUCUUUUAGGAAUGAAGCCGAGGUUCUCUCUCAGAUUCGCCAUCGCCAUAUUGUCAAGCUUUUUGGAUUUUGUCUGCACCAACGCAGCAUGUUUCUCAUCUACGACUACAUGGAAAGAGGAAGCCUCUUUAGCGUGUUGGAGUAUGAUGACGAAGAGCUGACCUGGAAGAAGAGGGUAAAUGUGGUGAAGGGCAUUGCCAAUGCACUAUCUUACAUGCAUCACGAUUGCAGCCCUCCUAUUUUACACAGAAACGUAUCGAGCAGCAACAUACUCUUGGAUUCAGAGUUUGAAGGUUGUUUAUCUGAUUUUGGGACAGCUAGAUUGUUCGAUCCAGAUUCGUCUAAUCAGACUCUACUUGUAGGAACUCGGGGCUAUAUUGCGCCAGAGUUGGCCUUCACAAUGGUGGUCACAGAAAAAUGUGAUGUAUAUAGCUUUGGAGUUUUGGCAUUGGAAGUCAUGUUUGGAGAUCAUCCGGGAGAUUUCAUUUCCUCCAUGAUGAUGAUGAAGAGAUCCACGCAAUUUGCUCAAAACAUGAUGGUGCAACAACUCUUGGACAAGAGGCUAUCAUCUCCGGACGAAGAUGUGAGAUUGUCGAGGGAAGUGGUUGGAGUGGUGAAAACAGCAUUGAAAUGCAUCAGUUGUGAUCCAAAGCUGAGGCCGUAUAUGAAGGAGGUGUCUCAGGAGCUCGCUAAGCACCCACCACGGUUGACAACGCCAUUCCGCUCUGUAUCAGUGCUACAUCUCAUUGUUUUCCUUCUUCGUGAACAAUGCUGUGAUUUUUUGCAGAAUCAUGAUCUAAUGUAUGCUAGUAUAUGUGACUGUCUAAUUUUACAGAAGGGAACUUUAUCACAUCGAGUGUUGGUUCCAAGACAUGGUGACAUAUUCAAGAUAUGGAACUUCGAUGGCAACAUUGCCUAUGAAGACAUCAUUGCAGCAACACAAGACUUUGACUUCCGAUACUGCAUUGGAACUGGCGGCUAUGGAAGUGUCUACAGAGCACUACUGCCCAUUGGAAGAGUUGUUGCGGUUAAAAAGCUCCACAGAUUUGAAGGAGAUAAUCCUACUUUCGACACCUCUUUUAGGAAUGAAGCCAAGGUUCUCUCUCAGAUUCGCCAUCGCCAUAUUGUCAAGCUUUUUGGUUUUUGUCUGCACCAACGGAGCAUGUUUCUCAUCUACGACUACAUGGAAAGAGGAAGCCUCUUUGGUGUGUUGAAGGAUGAAGAAGAAGCCGUUGAGCUGAACUGGAAGAAGAGGGUAAAUGUCGUGAAGGGAAUUGCAAAUGCCCUAUCUUACAUGCAUCACGAUUGCAGCCCCCCUAUUCUACACAGAGAUGUAUCGAGCAGCAACAUACUCUUGGAUUCAGAGUUUGAAGGUUGUUUAUCUGAUUUUGGGACAGCUAGAUUGUUGGAUCCAGAUGCUUCCAAUCAGACUCUACUUGUGGGAACUCGGGGAUAUAUUGCACCAGAGUUGGCCUUCACAAUGGUGGUUACAGAGAAAUGUGAUGUGUAUGGCUUCGGAGUGUUGGCAUUGGAAGUCAUGUUUGGAGAUCAUCCGGGGGAUUUCGUUUCCUCCAUGACGAUGAUUAAAAGAUCCACACAGUUUGCUCAAAACAUGAUGGUGCAACAACUCUUGGACAAGAGGCUACCAUCACCAGACGAAGAUGUAAGAUUGUCGAGGGAAGUGGUUGGAGUGGUGAAAACAGCAUUGAAAUGCAUCAGUUGUGAUCCAAAGCUGCGGCCGUAUAUGAAGGAGGUGUCUCAGGAGCUGGCGAAGCAUCCACCGCGGUUGACAAUGCCGUUCCGAUCAAUAUCAGUGCUUCAUCUCAUGCACACAGACUGA